AUGGGAUCUGUCCACUCUAAGGUAAGGAAGCACUGUCUCAGGCGAAGGUUGUUCCGUAUUCUCUUCUUUCAUAGUGCCUCUUCCCGUAGAGGAAUGAAAAUCAUUCAGGUAACUAAGUGCAAGGAUAGAAUGAGCUCAGCUGUGAAUGCUGCCGAUGCAUGCUGUGCGUCUUGUCUUUCCCGACGAAAGUGCUGCCGAUUCCGCCUGUGUGGCCUGGUGCGGUUCAGCCUACCUAUUAUCAUGUGCCCGUGGGAGGAGACUCACCUUCUUCUUCUGAGAUGGGAUGACGAGAAUAUGCUCUGCAGAUGUUUUCAUUUCAGGAAGAAGGUGUUAGCAAGGAGCGAAGGGACGAAGGCUUAA